UCCGUCGAAAGAAGCGCUGCCUUCGUUUUUCAAAAUGGCGCUGCCCAUGGUCAGCAUGUGAUACUACUGGCCGGGUUUUUCAAGGCGCCAUACAUCAGAAAAUUUACAAUUUUGGAAAGCUUUAGGGUGCUUGUAUGACGGUCCAAACUCUUGAGGAAUAUGCCAGUAAAACUGCAAAGUGACCUCCAGGAGAAACUCGGAAGAUGACUGAUCCCGUGCGAGUUAUAAUGUGGUCCGUUCCACGUUCCUGUUCAUCCAUAGUUGCAAAGUGCAUGGACAGGGUCCCAGACUCCAAGAUCCUCUUUCAGCUUUAUACUGGAGCAUACUGGGAUGGUCUGGGCCAGUUCAAUCCACCAAAGGUAAGUUCUCCAGUGGAGGAGUUACACAACGCCGUCGUGGGUACAGAUAGCUCUCACCACCCUGACGAGAAGAGCACCUACCCAUGGGUGAAGAGGCAACUGGAGGCCCACUACCCAGGCAAGAGGUUCGUCUUUGCCAAGGAGAUGGCUUACUGCAUCGAUGGCAAGUUUGAGUAUCUCCCAGAGGGCUAUCGCCAUAUCUUCCUUAUCCGGAACCCAGUGAAGGUGUUUCAGUCCUUCAAGAGGAUCUUGCCAGAGAUCAUGGCCGUAGAGGGACAGCAAAUGCUAGGGAUGGGAGGGGGUGAAUUUGAGGUGGACAAGCUGCCUCCUCAUUUGGUACCUCCAGGAUUUAGCUUCAAGGAGGCAGUCAACCUAUACGAAUACCUACGGGAGAAAACAAUCGAGGCAGAGCCCAUCAUCCUCGAUUCAGACGACCUCAUGAACAACCCAGCAACGUUGCUGUCAGAGGCUUUAAAAAGGCUCGGAGUACAGUACCAGGAUGCGAUGCUCACCUGGGAAAAGGGAAUGGGUGUCACGGACAACUGGGUGAUAGGUCAAGGGGUUAAAAAAAGGAUAGGGCACGUGUCGAGCUUCAAGAACUUCCGCGACAGCACCGGGUUUUUUAAGUCAAAGGCAGUGGCUGGUGCCCUGCAGCCCAUUGACAGCCUCGCUGCUGAUGUGAAGCGCUGCGUAGAGUUUUCCAUGCCGUAUUACACGAGGCUGUAUGAGAGGCGAUUGAAAAUUUGAAAACUGGUAUUAAACCUGGU